AUGUUGCUUCGACUACAGCCAUCAUUUUCAUUGUUUUUUCGUCGAAUACCUAUUUUUCAAAAUCGAAUAUUUGCUUCAUCGACUGCUCCUCGGUCCGAUGAAGAAUGCGAGUCAGAUCGAACUACCGAUAAGACUCAAAAUGAAAAUACACCACAAGAAGAUGAAGCUAGUAUAGUUUCGAUGAUCGGACCCUAUGUAUCAUCAAAACAAAUAGCAUUUCAUACCGGACAAUUCGAUUCUGAACAUAUUAAGAAAAAAAAUAAACAAGCUUUUCUUGAUGUAAUUGAAGCUUAUAAAAUUCAAUUUCCAAAUCGUCGUGGUCACGUUGAAUUCAUUCGAGCUGCUCUUCGACGUAUGAAAGAUUUUGGUGUUGAACGUGAUUCUGAAUCCUAUAAAAAACUUCUAUCGGUCUUUCCUGUUGGUCCUUACCGCCAUCAAUCUAUGUUACAAGUAUCCGUUCGUUUUUGGCCAAAACAAAAUGAAACAGCGUCAACUAUUGUAUCAGCUAUGGAAUCUAAUGGUAUUCCACCUGAUCUUGAAGUUGUACAUAUGUUAAGAGAAAUUUUUGGCCCAUGGGCGCAUCCUGUUCGACGUUUUGCACGCUUUCUUUAUUGGGUACCAAAAUUUAUGAAUAAAAACCCAUAUCCUAUCCCAUGGGAAUUGCCGAAUGAUGAACGUACUUUAGCAAAAUUAGCACUUCAACGUAUGACUUCAACUGUUGAUUUAGAAACAAAACUAGUUGAUAUACAUUCAGCAACUGAUAGUUCACCGAAUGUUGAACAUCCUGGUGCCGAACACUCAUGGUUAAUUUAUACACAUACGCCAAAACAAACUAAAUUAGCAUCUAAUCUACCUAGCGAUAAACCUAUUUAUAUUGAAGGACCAUAUGGAGUUUAUUUAAGAAAAAAACAAUUACAAUAUUAUGUUUUAAAAGCUGAUCCUUCACCUGAAUACUGGCAAAAGAAAAAAGAUUUAGAAAAAUUUAAUACAGAUGAUGUUUCUGAUCUAAGAUCGCCUUUUCAACCUGGUGCUAGCUUAUAUAUUCCUCCAUCGGCACAUGAACUUGACGAUGGAUUUAUUUUAUCAUUGUGCAUUAUAGGCAAACCAUUUACAUCGUUGAUUAAUUGUUGGUUGCAUCAUUUGAGACGUAAUUUUAUGCCAGAUCUCAAUCGUAUAGCUGUUGUUGAUAAAACAAAAUUAACUGAAGAAAAACAAAUAGAUCGGUUUUAUUCAUCACAUCUCCUGAGUACGCCGGAAUUUACCAUACCUCAUGAUACGAAACGAUUAGCUCAAGAACCAAGGCCAUGGUGGUAUAGAGACAAAACUGACGAUGAAGAUGAGUGA